UGACAAACUCACGAUUUCUUGGCAUCCACAAACUGAGCCAUGAUCUCACUUCAGUCUGUCUUCUUCGUAAGGAUGUGAGCAACAAAGCUUGAGGUGGCAAUCCCUGUUAAAAGCUGGAAUGCUUGCAGCUUUAUCUACAGGAUUAUAAGCUUUGAUGUUCAGAAGAGCAAAACUAAAAGAUGCCAUCUGAGAGGUGCCUGAGUGUUCAAGAAAUGUUGACAGGUCAGAGGCUUUGUCAGUCGAGCUCCCAUAAUGAUGCUGUUCUGGCAGCACUGAAUCAACAAAGAAGCGACGGCAUACUUUGCGAUAUCACCCUUAUUGCUGAAGAGCAGAAAUUCCAAGCACAUAAGGCAGUCUUGGCAGCCUGUAGUGACUACUUUCGAGCAAUGUUCAGUCUCUGCAUGGUUGAAAGUGAAGCUGACGAGGUGAAUCUGCAUGGCGUCACAAGCCUAGGUUUAAAACAAGCCCUGGACUUUGCAUAUACUGGACAGAUCCUUUUGGAGCCAGGGGUGAUACAGGAUGUGUUAGCAGCUGGGAGUCAUUUGCAGCUGCUGGAGCUUCUCAGUUUAUGCUCUCAUUAUCUCAUACAGGAAUUAAAUAGUUUUAAUUACUUGGACCUGUAUAAGCUUGCGGACCUCUUCAACCUCACUUUGUUGGAGAAUGCAGUGGUUGACUUCUUAAUAAAACAUCUCUCUGAGCUAUUGAAGAGUCAUCCUGAAGAAGUUCUGGCACUCCCAUACUGUCUCCUUCGAGAGGUUUUUAAAAGUGAUAGACUCACUUCACUCAGUGAAGAACAAAUCUGGCAGUUGGCUGUAAGGUGGUUGGAGCACAACUGCCACUACCAGUACAUGGAUGAGCUUCUCCAGUACGUCCGCUUUGGCCUUAUGGAUGUGGAUACACUGCAUACUGUAGCUCUUUCUCAUCCUCUCGUCCAAGCUAGUGAAACUGCAACAGCGCUUGUUAAUGAGGCCUUGGCUUACCACCAGAGCAUCUAUGCACAGCCAGUUUGGCAAACCAGAAGGACAAAACCCCGCUUCCAGUCAGACACUCUUUACAUUAUUGGUGGGAAAAAGCGUGAAAUCUGUAAAGUGAAGGAACUGCGCUACUUCAACCCUGUCGAUCAGGAGAACGUUCACAUUGCAGGAAUCGCGAACUGGAGUGAGCUUGCACCGAUGCCCAUGGGGAGAAGCCACCACUGCGUUGCCGUCAUGGGAGACUUUCUGUUUGUGGCGGGUGGGGAAGCUGAGCACUCCACGGGACGCACCUGCGCCGUGAGGACUGCCUGUCGCUAUGACCCCCGAACCAACUCCUGGGCAGAGAUAGCUCCCAUGAAGAACUGCCGGGAGCACUUUGUGCUCGGAGCAGUGGACGAAUACCUGUAUGCAGUAGGAGGCAGAAAUGAGUUGCGUCAAGUCCUACCUACUGUAGAACGCUACUGUCCCAAGAAGAACAAGUGGACCUUUGUACAGUCCUUUGACCGAUCGCUUUCGUGCCAUGCAGGAUACGUGGUGGAUGGUCUUCUUUGGAUAUCAGGAGGAGUAACAAAUACUGCACAGUAUCAAAACAGGCUCAUGGUCUAUGAUCCCAAGCAGAACAAGUGGUUAAGCCGUAGCCCAAUGCUGCAGAGGAGAGUGUAUCACUCCAUGGCUGCUGUCCAAAGGAAACUCUAUGUGCUAGGUGGGAACGACCUGGACUACAACAAUGAUCGGAUCCUGGUUCGGCACAUUGACUCCUACAGCAUUGAUGCUGACCAGUGGACACGUUGCAGCUUCAACAUGUUGACAGGUCAAAACGAGUCUGGAGUUGCGGUCCACAAUGGUAGAAUAUAUUUAGUUGGCGGCUAUUCAAUUUGGACAAAUGAGCCUCUGGCAUGUAUCCAGGUGCUGGAUGUCAGCAAGGAAGGGAAGGAAGAAGUUUUCUAUGGGCCCACGCUGCCAUUUGCUUCCAAUGGGAUAGCAGCAUGCUUUCUACCAGCUCCCUAUUUCACGUGCCCCAACCUUCAGACCCUGCAAGUGCCUCACCAUAGGAUGGGCACGAUGUGAGAUGAGGAAUGUGUGCAUCAUCAACAGUGGCAUGUGGAGGGCGAAAAUCAAUCCCCCUGUACAGAAGGGGUCUUUGGAUCUGCAAAAAGAAUCCACCCCAUGGACUGCUGCUUUACUGUCACACAUUUGUCUUAAUGUCGGACCACAAUAGGCAGGAAGGAGGCUACAAAACCCUUGGUAUCUCUCCUCUGCCUCAGCUGCAGAGGUGUAUACAUAAGAGCAUUUUGUAUUUCUGGUGACUACUUGCUGCCUGUCUCUAUAUAAUUCCAUUAUGCAACUCAUAAGGCAUUGUGAUGCUCCUGGCUCCUCCCUGGGCUGCUCUUCUUUGGAGUCUGCACUUUCUGUUGUUCACUAAGGGCACUUUCAAAGAUGAUAGGAAGUACUGUUUGUGUUGACAAAGAUGGUAUAAUACUGUGGUAAUUAUGCAACUUACUUGAUACCUUCGGCAAAAAGAAUAACAAACAUGUUGACUUCCAAUUCCAAACUCCAUUGUUUACAGUUUCUCAUUUAAUUAUAUUUCAUUUGAAAUUUAAAUACUGUGAAGCAGAUUAAAACAAAAAUAAAAACCAAACAAGCCCUAUAGUAUCUGAAGAACACGUGAAAAUUUUCAGAAGACAAAGAAGCUGAAGCUUCACAAUUAAGUGCAAGUCUGAACCAAAUGUUUGUCUGAGAGUCUAAAAAUCAUGUGGGAUGUCUUUUACCAAGGUCUACUAUCAAAUAAAUGUUACCUUCAGUCACGUGAUCAAUUCCUCCUGACAGCUGCUGUCUUUUAGUGGUGGAGAACAGCCUCUUUACUGUGUAAUUAAAAUAUGCCAUUUACUUAAUAUUUUUAAUAUUCAGUUUGUAAGGGGUCACCACAUUUACAAUUAUCAACAAAUGGUCUCAUUUUGUCCAACAUAUGGUCCCACAAAUCACUGGUCUCCAGAAGCUAAACAGCUGUAUAACAAUGUCAAUAUUUAUUUAUUCCUUGGGUUUUUAUGGUGCAUCUCCCUUCCGUACUCAGGCAUAUGCCACUCCACAAUAAAUACUCUAACCUGUUA